CAGCCAAACACAAAUAAUGGUAAUUUCGAAGGAUUGAGAUCGUUCGCUCAGGAUACCACACUUCACGGAGCCAGAUUUUUGUUCUCUGAGGGCUUUUUUAGAAGACUGGUUUGGUUGGGCAUGAUAUUGGCAUGCUUUGGCUUCUGUAUUCAUCAAGCCUAUAUUUGCUUAAAGGAAUAUUCCCUUUAUCCUUUCAACACGAAAAUGACAACAAACUUUGAUGCAGAUAACAGUCAGCUUCCCUUCCCUGCUGUCACUUUGUGCAACCUCAAUCCUUUCAACAUUCGUAGAUUCAGACGAUAUAUAGGAGGAAAUCUUAGUGAAGUGAUGAUCGAAAGGCGAAUUCAAGAUAUAUCUCUCCUGACGACGAGAUCAGAAACUAUUUCCAAGGAAGACUUUAAAGCACGCUACACCGCGCUUUCUGAACGCCCAGAAAUGGCUAACAAAACCAACCCUCACGCAAUGAAAUUUAGUCAUCAAAUUGAAGACAUGCUUUUACCAAAUGGUCACCUGUUUCAUUCCUGUUCCAUAAAUGGAAAGAAAUGCGACGCAAACAAUUUUACCAGCUUCCUCAAUCCACUUUUCACAAAAUGCUACACAUUCAAUUCAGCAAAAAAUGGCAAGCCUGUGCUAAAUGCUUCGUUUGCCGGCCAACUAACUGGUUUGAAGCUACGACUUAACAUCGAACGCGAGAGCUAUAUACCAAAUUUGAUUUGGCCUUCUGUUGGGAUAAUUAUUCUUAUUCACGACCAAAACAGCUUUCCCAUCGUGGAGGAGUUUGGAAUUGCUGUUCCACCAGGGAUGUCUAUGACUUGUGCCAUACGAAGGAGAAACGUAAGUGCUAGAAAUAGAUUUUUAAAAAUUGUUUACCUAGCAAAAUGUUUUGUAGCUUUUUCCUACCAAACUUCAAAAACCCUAGAUACCCUUGCCAACACUUACGAGAAAAUAGAAUAAGUGCGAGUGUAGGUGACAUUUAUUAGGUUUGCAUUUAGAAAGUGAAAGGAAAACCAUCUUUGCAACCAGUCUCGUCCUUACCGAUAAUUCUAGCCGGCCAGGACAGUCAGCCAGAUCUAGAACCUUUCAUCAAGAUGGUUAGUCACUCAGGCCACCCAGCAGCUGGGAGCUGGGUGGCCUACUAAUCUAGUUUCCUACACUAGUUUAAAGGUAAUUAUUCCAAAAUGUUUUAGACCGACGACCGUAACCAUGCCCAGAUACCAGAGUACAACUUGAUAAUCAACCUUUACCAACCUUUGCAAAAGUUUUCAUAUCAAUCUAGAACUUCAAUUUUGUUCGACUAUGGCUGCAAUCUGUGCUAAAGACAAGCCCUGAUUUUCUUCUUUUAAGUUUCAAGCUAAAAAAGAAGUUAGAAACAUAUAUUUGAUGGAACCUUAUUCUCAACAUGGCCAUGUUUAAUCUCACUGGUCGAAAGAGUUACUUUGAGUUCAAGGACAACUUAUUGUGCGAUCUUCCCCACAUUGUUUUGCGACCAAAGAUUAUGGACCCUUGCAGUUUUCCUCUUUCCUGUGUGUCUUUUUAUUGAACUUUAAUUGUUCCAUCUCAGUUGUUUUCAAUUUAUUCUGUGUAAAAAAUUUUUCAAAAAUAAGAUUUUAUGUACUUCUUGUUUAGAUUCGCGCGACGAGUAGAGGUAUUUUUUUUUUAAAAUCAGCGUAACUUAUUAUGGAGCAGUUUCCCAAAUUGUUUUCCAACACAAAGAUUUUUAGCUCUUGUAUUAUUUCCUGUUCGUUAUGUUUCGUAAUACACAAGAAUUCUCUGUCGAUAUCAAUAUAUCAAUGUCAAUAUCUUUUGUGGGAUUAGCAGGAAAAUGUUGACUUUCAUGUUGCAUGACUGUUGUCAAAUCGUUUUUUUGAUGUUUUACUUUAUCUUUGAGUAGGUGACUUCACUGACGCAUUAAAGAAAUAUGAGCGCGACAAAGGAAAUGUUUACAUUUGUGCUAAAAUUUUAAAAAUUUGCAUUAAUUAUGCAAACUGAUGCAUGUCUUGUUGUGACUCUGUUCCCAAUCACAAAUACUUCUUAAACAUAGUUUGAUUUUAAAAGGGAACAGGCGAAAAACACCUUUAGUACUUUACCAGUCGUUUGAUGGUAGUUCGAGAUGAGAAUUUUAUCUUGUUCACACACGAAUCAAUAUUUGCUAAAGAGGAAUUUAUCCAUAAUGAAAUCUUGAAAUGGUAUCAGUUUAGGCUGUUAUGAAAACACUUUAGGUCUCUCCAGUUGGUGACUUCAACUCUUUUUAUCACCAUUAAGUUCGUGUUCUAUAAUUAAUUCCGUAACAUUCAAAAGUUAAAGCUGACAGUGAUCAAAAGAUACAAGAUAGACUGGCGUCGAUAAAAUAGAUUUUUCAAAAUCAGUCCUAUGUCGUGGGAGAGGGAAAUAAAAAAAGGGAAAUGAAACAUAAUGCAUAACACUUACAUGAAAUAAAGAGCUGCCUAAGAACGCAAUUUCCUACUGAGAGGGUCGAUAAAGGUUUCACUCUUUGUUUGUUCAAUUCGAAGUGAAUUUUUGCGUAUUAUGCUAAACUUGGUGCAUAAGUAACUUAAACUGCACGCAAUCUGCCUCCAAUUCGUGCUAUAAUCUCCAAAACAAAUAUCGAUUUUAUUUCUCGUCUUCAUCGGACUCGAUAUCGACUUCAUUGCAUUCUUAUGAGGAGAAAUUGUCGAACACUGACUAUCAUCGCUUUAUAUAUGCCAAUCGUAAAUCUCUCUGCCUGAAUUUACUUCGAAGUAGGCAUCUUAAGUUUUCUCAAGGAGAAUGACUCUGGAAAUGACAGCGACAAACGAAAGAAAUGAAAUUACCCAUGAAGGGCAUAGUGCCCUAAACGAACGCAAAGCACGAAUCAAAAACCUCCAAGCUGUUGAGAAAAACACAAGUAAUGGUAAUUUCGAAGGAUUGAGAUCAUUCGCUCAAGAUAUCACACUUCACGGAGUCAAAUUUUUGUACUGUGAGGGCUUUAUUAGAAGACUGGUUUGGUUGGGGAUGAUAUUAGUAUGCUUCGGUUUCUGUAUUUAUCAAGUCUAUGUUUGUUUAAAGGAAUAUUCCCUUUAUCCUUUCAACACGAAAAUGACAACAAACUUUAAUAGAGAUGGCAACCAGCUUCCGUUCCCUGCAGUAACCUUGUGCAAUCUCAACGUCUUUAACACUCGACGAUUUAGGCAAAUCGCAAGAGGUCAUUAUAGUGAAGGCGUGAUCGAAAGAAAAAUUGCAGAUAUAUCUCUCAUGACGACGAGAUCAGAUGAUAUUUCGACGUUUGACUUUAAAGAACGCAAUCGAGAACUUUUUUAUCGCCCAAAAAUGGCUAACGAAACCAACCCUUACGUAGUAAAAUUUAGUCAUCAAAUUGAAGACAUGCUUUUACCAAAUGGUCACCUGUUUCAUUCCUGUUCCAUAAAUGGAAAGAAAUGCGACGCGAGCAAUUUUACCAGCUUCCUCAAUUCACUUUUAGCACAAUGCUACACAUUCAAUGCAGCAGAAAAUGGCAAGCCAGAGCAAAAUGCUUCGUUUGCCGGCCAACAAAACGGUUUGAAGCUACGACUUAACAUCGAACGCGAGAGCUAUAUACCAAAUUUGAUUUGGCUUUCUGUUGGGAUUAUUAUUCUUAUUCACGACCAAAGCAGCUUUCCCAUUGUGGAAGAUUUUGGAAUUGCUGUUCCACCAGGGAUGUCUACGACUUGUGCCAUACGAAGGAGAAACGUAAGUGCUGGAAAUAUUUCCAAAAACAGCUUUCUACCCAUUUAGGAUAUUUCGUAGCUUAUUCCUAACAAACUUCAAAAACCCCACGUUGUCUUUUUAAAUAUUAUUGAAAUUAUCGAAAUAUUAUUGAAAUUAAAGAGAAAAUGGAUAUUUGGUCUCUUCCUUGUUGGGAAUUAUUCGAUUCUUAUUCAGAUAUCAGUGAAUUAUUAUUGUUGAUUAGUCGUCUAUCAGUCAAUCUGUCAGUCAGUCGUGAUAACUCAGUCAGUCAGCAGACGGACUAUCCCAGACUUUUUGCCUUUUAUUGGUCCGUGUAAUUUUUUGGUGAAAAUCACGAGUUCGUUGAAUAAUAUCAUCGACAUGAAUUUUCUUGACAGAUUACAAAUCUGCCACAUCCGUAUGGCACUAACUGUAGAAAAGGAACCCUUGAAGCGUUCAACGGCGCCUCUCAGAUUGCUUACAGAAAACAGGCCUGUCUUAUAAAAUGUCGCAAUAAGUUCACAAUCAAAUCUUGCAACUGCACAUCAACAAAAUUCAAAGGUAGGUAUCGUUUUGUUUUUCACACCCAGCCUAUGAAUUUUAAUAUGAUAAGAGAAUAUAGCGCACCGUAACAAAUUUUGAAAGAGGUCGGACCCACCGAGUAUAGCCCUUACGCUGUUAUUGUUAUAAUUUUUUUUUUCAGCUGAUCCUGCAGUUCCCUUAUGUGCACCGAUAGAAGAAGCUCUUUGUGUUUACAAAUCUCUUGGUAAGUCAAUCUAUUCCUAACAAGACUAAAUAUGAUAUACAACCGAUUGAAUGAUCAAAAAUGAAGUCAAAUUAGUGUAAUAGCACCUUUCUUAGCACAAAAAGGAUUACAGUAUGGCAUUCUGUUCCUCAAAUCAAGUUCGUUAAAACAUGUACCCAUGCACUCUAUACCCCCUUUAUUAAAAGGGUUUUAGGAUUGCUUCUUAUUAACAUAACCACACCAAGGUUACAUCAACAUAUUUUUACUGGAAUGGAGGAUCCAGCAUUUACUUCUUGCCAUCGACCCUUCCUUAAAUCUGAGUAUGAUGCAGGGGCUCAGGUAUUAUUUAUUGAUGCUUGGAUAAAUACAUUUAUUGUUUUUUUAGAGGGCACGGUAACGAAUCUUGAAAUCUGAUUGGUUCUUUACCCGGUCAGUAUUUUCCUAUCUCUGCUCACGGGCCACGGUAACGCUUUCGUGAAUCGCCGGGUACAUCCCAACUUUCGUUGUCAUUUUUCAUAAAUAUACCUCGUUUUCCGGCUAGGCAGUAUUUUUGAGCAAACACGUUGGUCACUACCUCAAGCCGAUAAAUAACUUAUGAAUCCUCUCUUUUCUCUCUAUCAAAUCACUUUGGUUGACAGAAAAAUAUUGGUUUCAGAAUGAAUUUGUAUAAACAAUAGUGUCAUUACGUUGGUUGACAAGCGGCCUAAAAACCGUCUGCAAUUAAUUUUAAUCGUUCACAAAAAGUACCCAGAACGUGAGGUAUUUGGUUACAGUUAAACUGAACGAUGGUACUUUCAUUCAUUUAAUAUCUGAAUUUUCUCGAGCAAUUUGUUCAUAGUGAAAGAGCGAGCGAAGUUUUAAUUUAAGUUCUACGACAAAUAUACGCUCCCGGUGAGUCUUUCCAAUUCCGUUCAAUUUGGACAUUUGUACCGUAAAUUGCACAACAGAAAUUGAAGGAAUUUUUUAAGAAAAGGCCGCAUUAAAUUCCCUUGUGUCUCGUUGGAGUGUGCCGUUCGAAUUUAGUUUUUGUGAAGGAAAGAUCAGAGUUAAACACGCCAUUACAGCAAACAAACGAGCAAACUCUCACAACUUCAAAAUAAAAAAAUUGAAUUUACUCACAACUACUUUCCUCGCCGUUUACUUAAUGAACAGAGGUAAAUCUUCGUACAUGAAUGAAUGGUCGAUGAGAGUGAAUAAUACUUUCCGUUAGAUCAUUGACUGAUUUUGAAGAAAAUAUUGUCGUGACAGUCCUUGCCAAACUAGUUCUGUUGGUUUUAAAAUGUUCCUACGCUUUUUUUUUCUUAUGCUUUUUUUUUCUUGCGCGCUCUCUAAUUGACAGGUGUCAGAUUGUGACAGAUACUUGUAAAAAUAAUGUUUCAAAAUUUGUUUGGAAGCCUUUUAAAUCACCUUUAUCGUUACGGAAAUGAAAAUGUUUCGCUGAGGCAUCUCUCUUAAAUUUGCAUCACCUCUAUUUCAACUACCAUUUACUCACUCAAAAAUUGUUCAGUUUAUGGAAGAUCUUGCCGUAUUUACAGCCAUAAAUCAUUCGCGUUCUUUCGGAAAGAAUUUCGUCAAGUCUAAAAACAAUAAAUAUGUUAUUUACCGGCUAAGGGUUGGUCCGUAUGGUGAAAAACUGUGACCUCGGUCUUGAAAAUGCUACCCUCGGCCUUCGGCCUCGGGCAGUAUUUUCAAGACCUCGGUCACAGUUUUUCACCAUACGGACCUCCCAGCCGGCAAAUAACAUAUAUUUAUGAAAUUCUCACCUGGACUACAAUCCCACUUUGUCAUCAAAUCGAUCUUCUAUCAGAGCUAGAAAAGUAGAGGAUGAACAAGACAUUAUGGCACUAAUGAAAAGUAAUGUCUGCUUACAGAGGAGUUUGGCAACUCAGAUGAAAAGAAGGAGUGUGAGAAAGAAUGUCCCGAGCCUUGCAAUCACAUUGAGUACAAGACUUCAUUCUCGUACAGUGGAUUACAGAGGGGUGAUCUGAUUCAACAUCUGAUGUCCUUCCUUAAUGGGACUGAGAAAUCAUCAGUCGAUCGAUCGAUUUACGAACCUCUGUUGAAUAUGACGAAAGCCGAGAAGGAGAAAUACAUAGAGUAGGUGUUUUAGUUCAAUUUUGUAACACUAGGGUUAUUUUAACUCAUCGUGGUGAAUUACAGUAAUUAAUGAAAUUUAUCAAUUUCAAUUUGAGUCGCCGCGCGAUCUUUCGAUUAAUUGCUGCUAGUCUUUUUCAGAUCAUGACUACCGGUCACGCGUGACCUUACGAAGCAUCCUGCCUCGCUGUAAUUGCAAGUUGAUUUUAUCAUCUGUGAUUUGCUCAUUUCGAUAUUGUGUUAUCUUAUUGCUUUUCAAGGCUCCAAUCGUUUAGACGCCCAUCAAGUGUCCUAGUUAACAUUGCGAGGGUUGUCCUUUCUUUGUUAGAGUUUAAAUUAAAGUGAUGUUCUAUUAUUAACAUUUGAGAACAUCUCAUUCUUCUUCUUUCCCACAGUGACAACAUUAUUGCAUUGGACAUCUACUUUGAAGACCUUAGUGUCGACAUCAUUUCGCAGACUCCGCUCUAUGAGACCUGGGCUUUGAUUGGUCAGUUUCACGUUUUUUAUUUACAGAAGCAAUGUUCUUUUCCUAGCUUUUCCAACUAUUGAUCUGGGCCCAGUUGUAUGAGAGUCGGAUAACGCUAUACAACAGAUAAAUCGCUAUCCGGUGGAUAAGUGAUAUCAAAUCGUAUAGUGUUAUCGAGUCUUAUUCUGUGGAUAGCGUUAUCCAACCUUCGAACAACAGGAGCCUGGGUUGUGAAUUCUUGGUCCUGUUUUAAACAAUACAUGUGAUACUGGAGUUCCAAAAUCGAUUCGAUUUCAUUUCUACCCGAUAAUAACUCAUAACUCUUCUGGUUUUUUUUUUUUCUUCUUUGUUUUGUUUUUUUUACCGUACGCCUGCAAAAGCACAAGCUAUGAAUGCUUUUACGAGGAUCCAACCAGAAUCCUCUCUAAUCUUAUGAACACAAUUAAAAUACAUUUUUUCUUCUUUUUGCUUUGAAGGAGACUUAGGAGGGACAUUCGGUCUGUUCUUGGGAAUGAGUUGUCUCACUCUCUUUGAGUUUGUGGAUUUCACGUUCAGGAAGUUCGUUCAUUUGGCUAAAGGCGACCGGGGUAAAAGAGCUGUCAAUGUCGAGUACUAA